ACGGACGGGCAGCGAGGACACGGGGGUGCUUCUCGUAGCCUAGGAGGAAGGGACGAUCCACGCUCCCAAGUGUCCACAGGCAAUCGCAGAUGGAUUCCUCCCAGUACUUACAAACGAGAUGCACCUUCUAAUGAAAAUAAGAAUGACAUCGUCUUUCGAAAGGUUCGCGGUAUCCUAAACAAACUAACUCCAGAAAAGUUCGAAAAGUUGAGCGAUGAUUUGCUGUGCAUAGGGUUGGACUCUCCUACCAUCUUAAAGGGAGUGAUUUUACUCAUCUUUGAGAAGGCUUUAGAUGAACCCAAGUACAGUUCUAUGUAUGCACAGCUGUGCAGGCGACUGUCUGAAGAAGCCCCCAAUUUUGAGCCACCUACUAACGCCAACGGCAGUACUCCCAGUAUCUCUACCUUCCGGCAGCUAUUGCUUGCCAAGUGCCGUGUCGAGUUUGAAAAUCGUUCGGCCGCUCAAGAGGUCUUCGAAAGCCGCGAUGGCUCUCUCACAGCCGACGAGGAAGAGCAACGUCAGACGGCCAAGCGUAAAAUGCUUGGCAACAUUAAGUUUAUUGGUGAAUUGGGCAAGUUGGGUAUGUUGCAGGGAGCCAUCCUCCAUAUGUGUAUCCAACAGCUCUUGGAGAGGAAGCGCAGGGGAGGCAUUCGUGAGAUGGCAGAAGAUUUGGAAUGUUUAUGCCAGAUCAUGAGAACCUGUGGUAGGAUUCUCGACAUCGACAAGGCUAAAUCCUUGAUGGAUCAAUAUUUUGACCGGAUGGCUGCAUAUGCCGUCAACCAAGAGCUGCCCUCGCGGAUUCGUUUCAUGAUGCAGGAUUCCAUCGACCUGCGUACAAAUCACUGGCAGCCACGUAAAAUCGCCUCGACUGACGGGCCUCGAACCAUUCAACAGAUUCGAGAAGAAGCUGCCCGAGACAGUGGCGUCUACCUACCACCACCUGGCUCCCACCUCAUGCAAGGUAUGCAUCGUGGUGGCAUGGGAGGUGGUGCUUCUGGUCCUGGUGGUAUGGGAAUCAGUCCCCCGUCAGGACUGUUUCCUGUUUCACGUUCGGGUCUUAAAGGACCAAUUGGCAUCGGACUUGAAGAUGUCUUUGGUUCUCUUCCCUUGGGAGCCGUUAGUAUUGGUACCGGCCCUGGGGUCAUUCCAUCCAUGCAGGAUGGCUAUGGAUAUGAUAGUGAUUCUACUCACAACAGUCACGGGCAUAACCCAAAUAUGUACCGUGGACGUCCGUCAUACGGUAGUACGGGUAGCGGUGCUAGUGGAGGUGGUGGAGGAAGCUACUCGUCAAACCGGUCAUCCAACAAUGGCGUCGGCAACUAUAAUGGCGGUAGCAAUAACAAACAAUUCUCGGCUCAAAAUCACCACCAGCAGAACAUUAACCAAGCCAAUAAUGCCAAAAACGACCUUCCACCGCGCUUCAAGAAAAUGAUGAUGACUCAACAGAGGAGUCAAGGCAGCACGGAAGAAGUCAGUCUCCGUCCGCCAGCCAAUUCGAUGGUACACAAACCCAAACCACCGACUGUAAUAUUAUCGAAGUCCGUCACGACCAACGUUUCUGCCGCAAACAACCAUAUAACCGGACCUUUGGGUCCUCUAUUGGAUGCCGCCCUCCCUCUUACUAAUUCAGCGGCAAUAUCUAAUUCAUUCAAGACCCCUGGUAUGGGUAUAAAUCAACAAGAGAUGAAGCCCGUUGGGGGAAAAACUAUGGGUUCUACUGCUGCCGAUAAACUGAGAUCUCCACGGAAAGACCAAGGUCCCACAAAGGAAGACAUAGUUAAACAAGCGGAAACUGUAUUGGAAGACUUACUAAAUCAUCAGAAAGUGGAGGUUAGUGUCACUGCCCUAAAGGAGAUCAAAUCAAUUGAACGGUUUUGGACUCACGUUUUGGCUCGUCUGAUGGCCAAAGUUUUGGAGAAAACGGACGCGGAGCGAGAGCUAGUUAGCCAGCUGAUGGUUCAACUAAAGAAAGAAUCGCUCAUUACACCGUCUAACUUUUUCGACGGUUACAAGGAGUUAGUCUCUCAACUGCCCGAAAUAGAGAACGAUGUGCCUCGAGCCAAAUCUUUUGUGGCUGGAUUGGCUGCUCGCGCAGUUAUUGAUGAACUUUCUACACUUGCUGAUUUGGCACGUCCAUUGGAAGGUGGAUACCAAUAUCCCCUGUUCCUCUUGACACUACAACAACUGCACAAGAUUCAGGCCACGGAAAAGUCUGUCCUGAUCAAGUUGUUUAACGAUUCAAAGGUUCAGCUGAUGAAUAUGCUUCCAGAACUUGACCGCAACAAGGACAGGCUUGGUGAAAUUUUGGACGAUCGCGGUCUUAGUUUCCUCUUUCCCCUUUUACGCAUCCAAUCUGAUCUGUGGAAACAGAUUCAAGCCGAUCCUACUCCCGCUCAGUUCUAUAAGUGGAUUAAAGAGAAUGUAGACCAGUCCUGCUACACGAUGCCGGGCUUUAUUUCGGCCUUAUUUGCCGUUCUUCUCAAAUACAUCGCUCAAGAAUCGGCUCUCAGCGACGUACCUACGACUAACGGAACAACGGAAAACGGGUCCAUUGUCACCGCAACGGACAAGAUGACCCAGGAGAAAGAAAAAGAACUCUUGGAACGUUAUCGACCCGUCCUGCAGGCUUUCCUACAUGAUCAUGUCUCACUCCAAGUCACCGUUCUGCACGCCCUUCAGGCUUUCUGUCACGGACUUAACUUUCCCAAAGGUAUGCUUCUGCGCUGGUUCGUCCUCCUGUACGACCACGAGAUAAUCGAAGAAGAUGCCUUCCUCAAGUGGAAGGAGGAUCUUACCGACGUUACGCCUGGCAAAGGCAAAGCUCUCUUUCAGGUAAAUAACUGGCUCAUGUGGCUUGAACAAGCAGAAUCCGAUGAAGACGAAGACGGUGAUGCUUAAGAAGAUUUUAGGAACUUAUGAAAACACGGCACAAAACAAGGAGAAAGCACAGCGCGCUUUACGCAUACUCCUACCAAGCGACUAAAAGAACGGCCUUUGAAGAAGUGACUUUUUUUUUGCCCUAUUGGUCCAUAGAUGUUGGCCUCUUUGGUCUAUGCCGUUGCCGAAUAUAUCCUUGGAUUGAUUGAAUGCGAAUCACGUGGGAGAACGAAAAAAAAAAAUCUUUUACUGUCGACUCAAUUCUUUCGUUAACGUGCUGUGUUCUUUUGUUGCGCUUUGUUUUGUUCUUUUUCUUCUCUUGCCCUCCCCUCUUUCGGUUUCCUGCGCCGAAUGCGCUCUUUGGCAAUAUGUUCAGAGUCCUUUGAUGCUUUACGGCUCGUCCCUUACUUUAGUUCUAAUCAAAUUGAACAGACAAAAAGCUAGAAACAUUUUCUUUCAUCUCGCCCAGGAAGAUGUUUUUUCUUUAGCCGAGGUCAAUAGCCGAAGGUCUAACACCUAAAUAGCUAAACAAAAAUUUUCUCUUGAGUUUCCUCUUUCCUCAUGGACCCCCACUAAAUUUUUAAAGGAAAUGGCCGACAAGGCUUUUUUGAAAACAUCUUUUUAAAGGGGAAGAUUUUAAAACAAAUUCUAUUUCAACACACCUUUAAAUUUGUUGCAACUGGGGAUUAGCUGAUUUCCAUAAAGUGUGUGAUUGUAACUGCUCCCUCUUCGCUAAUUUUUUCUCUGAUCGACUUGCACUUCAGAAAACAAAAUGAAAUGAUUUCAAAUUUA